AUGCUCGUUAUUUGGCGCUGGGUUGUGUCAAUACCGGAGGUUUUGGCACAUUGUUCUACCGAAACUGAGUGGCAGGAGCUUGUGGAACUGUUCACAUAUAAGCAGACAAAGGCUCUACACUAUAAUGACUGUUAUAACGGUAAACUAGCCGUUCUCCGAAACCUCAGGAAAUUGGAAGAAUAUGUUGCUCAAAAUUCCUCUGGUCAAAUUCAACGGAAACGUGAGGUUCGGAUGGCUCUGAGGGCUCUUGAAGGGCAGACGGUACGGUGGCCUUAUAACCAUAUUUCUGAAGAUCAUGUCUUCGUUCAACGCCAAGAAGUGAGCUACCAAUUCUUACUAAAUGUGUAUGGCCGCCCUCGUUCUACGACAAGGCUUGCGCGAAGCGCUCUCGAGUUUGAACGCGACCUUCGAGUGCGACAGCUCCUGGUAGGCAGUGACGAGAUAUUCGAAACUGCUUAUGCUCAUUUAUGCGCUGUGUUCACUACAGAGACUGCUACCUGGUGGUACAUAUUCUGGGUUGAUCUAUGGCGAAGAUAUCACGAUACAAUCUCUAACCUCCAGUUACACGACGUUGAUUUCAAUCCAUAUUACCCUACAUCAAUAGCGUAUACUCCCUUGCCUCGCCCAAUUUUAGAGUCGUUUUUGACACAGUGUGGAUUGCUGUCUAUGCCCUCCAAACGAGGGGAUUUCUUCCAUUGUGGAUUUUUGAGUACAUGA